GCGUCCCCUCCCCCCGAGGCGCUCCCGGCGCGCGCGACGGAUGGGCGCGGGCGCUGGCGGGUAGGGGCUGCGGCCGGCGGGCCGUUUCAUCGCGCGACCCCCGACUCCUUCGCCCAACCCCUCGGCGAGAGCCCGCCAGGGACCUGUAGAAUUGGGCAAAUCAGCACUUACUCAGCAUAUCCCCCUCCUGUAGGUCUCAUUGACCUUGGUGCCACUGUGGAGGUCAUGUGUUCAUGGAAAUAAACAGUUCCUGACCAGUUUACUCCAGCCUUUACUCUAACCAAUACAUACGAUGCAGAAUUCAAGUCCAAGAGCGGAGAAGUUACUUCUUGCUCAAGGUCACACAGUGCUGGCAGCCAAUAGAGUUUUUUGAAACAAAGCAUCUACGUGCACUGGUGUUGGUAAGCCAAAACUUGGAGCCCAGAGGGUGGGAUGGAUACUUCUCCAGGAGGGGGCGGCUCUGAGGAAGGGCGAAGUGAGCAGAUGCUGAGCCCCAAGCCCGCCGGUGAGCACCUCGAGCUGCGCCUCGUUGUCUGGUGGGAAGUGGGCCCUGGGUGAGGCCAAGAGAUUUGCCCCAAAACAAACUCUCAUAACAGUUACUUGAGGGAAUGCGUGACGGAGACACAAUUGGAGAAUGGCAGUUCUGGAGCUUGAAACUUGGUCCGUGCGACAGAAACCUGUGCUUCUAUUCCAAUGCUGUCCACCAACUGUAUGUACCAGUCUCCGCCCCUCCUCUAGCUCUCAACUUCUAUUGCUCUGCCUGAAGGACACAGACCACCAGAUGGACUGUGGUGACAAAAUCCAAUAAUGUCAGAACUAUUGCAAAGUAUCUGGCUCCCUUUCUUUCCAGUAUUUCGUUUCAAGUGAGAGUAAGCAUAGUUCUGCUCAGACGACACCAUCCUGUUCAGGUUCCCUUUGGCUUAUUUUUGCACAAGGGCCUUGUUUUUCAUCCUGCAUGUGGGACAUAAUGGAUGCUUUGGCCUGAAGCAUGUAGUUCAUUUAACGGUUCAAAUCCUCUUCCUCCUUUACCCUUCUUCCCCCAGUUACCAUUGUUCUGUGCUUCAUUAUAAAACAAAUAACUUCUUUCCACUAUACUGACCCCAAAUAUUACAUCAAUUCACUUGUGUCACUGAAAGGCGAGUGUUUAUUCAGACUGGCUUCAAACAAAGGCUACUUUGUUGAGGCUAUGACUGCAGCAAGCUAGCAGAUUACCUUUAAUAGGACAGGUUGCUUUGUAUUUGUAAAAUGGCAGUGUCUUUUGUCACCAUGAUAUGUUGGGGGCACAUAAUUGCACCAACCUAACAAAUAGCCUGUUGUCAUUUUUAUCUGUAUUUACUUCUAGUUUUGCCCAUCUUUUAUCACUGUAUUUACAGAAUUGUUGUGUAGUUAUAAUUUUAUAUUGUUUGUUUCAUUUACUUCAAAUAUUUUUCCAUGCUGUUAAGCUGGACUUCACUGUUUUAAUUGCCACUUUAUAUUCAACUAGCAUUUGUUGAUUCAUUUGUUGAACAUUUAUUUAAUAACUACUUACUGUGGCUUUCUCCCAGUGUUUAUUAUUGUAAGUCAUUUAAGAUAUACCUUGUGCACAAACCUCCCUUAAUCUUUUGGAUUAUUUUCUUAGGAUAAAUUCCUCAAGGAUCAUUGGAUGAGCGUCUUUAUAGCUCUUAAAGCUAACACCCAAGCAUGUGUGAAUGUAUCACUGAAUCUGUUUUCUUAUGAUCUUAGCCAUUCAGGAGAUAAAAUCCAUACUUUUCUGUAAAUACAGGGCCCUUCCACACACUGGCUUUUGCCUGUCUCUCCCUCUCAUUUCUCAACAUUCCCCAACUUGCCAUUUCCCUCCCUUCCACCCAAACAAAAUGCAGAUAGCUUUUGAUGUGCAAGAUACCUCGGUUUGAACAUGAAAUUGCUACUCCCAAAGGUGAUGUGCAGAAGCAGAAUGCUGGACAAAUGGCCAAACAGUUGUUAUAAACCAAUAUCCUCUUUGCUUAGUACUGUGAAUGGAAAUGUGUCCCUCCACAUUCCUGUGGUGAAACCCUGAUCCCCAUUGUGAUGGAGGUGAGGGCUUUGGGUGGUGCUUACCUAAGGUCAUAAGGGUGGGGCCCCCACUGUAGAAUUCAUGUCCUUCUUACAAGAAGGAGGCCUGGAGCUCUGUGUCUGUCAGUCUGUCUGUCUCUCUCUCUCUCUGCCAUGUGAGGACAUAACAAAAAGACAUCUGCAAGCCAGGACAAAGGCCCUCACAGGAACCUAACUAGCUGACACCUUGAUCUUGGACUUCCCAGACUCCAGAACUAAAAUAACGGUCAACAGGAACAUAUGUUCAAGAUGUUUCAAGACGGCUAAUGGGUGAGACUGCCGUGCGAGGGAGUCACUGAGUGGAGGCCUCCGGGUGGACGGGAGCGUGAGCCUGAAGGCGCCCCUGCAGGUUCAGGAGAUGGGCAUUCGGCCAGCAGAGGCUGAUACUCGGAUGAUUCCAGCAGAGAAAUGUCAGAAUAAUGUGAGAGAGAGCUCUCAGAGCAGUGUCGGGGUGGACAGGCUGGAAGCAAGGAUCCUGGCUAGGAGACUUGCACGAAGUGAAGUGUGAUGAAGGCUUGCGAGAAUGGAGAGCAUGAGGAACAUGAUGACAAAGUGAGGGAGAACUCAGAGAAAAUACGGCUAUCUUCAUGUGUAAAUGUUGUAACCUCUUCUCACCAAGUCAAUCUGAACUCCUCUCCCAUGUCUCUGAGAAGCACACAGAAGAAGGGGUCAAUGUCGAUGAGAUCAUCAUUCCUCUUAAGCCUCUGAGUACUCCUGAACCGACCAACCCAAGCAAAACAGGAGAUGAGUUUUUGGUCAUGAAGAGGAAGAGAGGCAGGCCUAAGGGGUCCACGAAGAAGCCCAGCGCUGAAGAGGAGCUGGCAGAGAACCUCGUUAGCCUGAGUGCGGACAGCCCGCUGGCCCCGGAGGCGGAGAGCAGCCUGGUCCCCAGCAGCCUGGAGUGCCCCAAGUGCUGCCGGAAGUUCUCCAACACGCGCCAGCUGCGGAAGCACAUCUGCAUCAUUGUGCUGAAUCUGGGCGAGGAGGAGGGGGAAACAGGUAAUGAAUCUGACCUUGACCUGGAAAAGAAGUACAAGGAAGAUGACCGAGAAAAGGCUCCGAAGAGACCGCGGACGCAUAGAACAGAGAAGGUGCAGAAGAUCUCGGGAAAGGAGGCUGGGCUGAUUCCUGGAGUGAAGAAACCCAUCAUAAGUGUGGUUUUAACUGCACAUGAAGCUAUUCCAGGUGCUACCAAGAUUGUUCCAGUGGAGGCCGGGCCCCCGGAGACAGGAGCUGCCAACCCAGAGGCCUCCACGGCUGACCUGGCACCUCGGAGAGGGUACCAGGAGUAUGCCAUUCAGCAGACACCAUAUGAACAACCCAUGAAGUCAAGCAGGCUAGGGCCCACCCAGCUCAAGAUCUUCACUUGUGAGUACUGCAACAAGGUCUUCAAAUUCAAGCACUCGCUGCAGGCGCAUCUGAGGAUCCACACCAACGAGAAGCCAUACAAGUGCUCCCAGUGCAGUUACGCCAGCGCCAUCAAGGCCAACCUCAAUGUGCACCUGCGUAAACACACUGGCGAGAAGUUUGCCUGCGACUACUGCUCUUUCACCUGCCUGAGCAAAGGCCACCUCAAGGUGCAUGUGGAGCGGGUGCACAAGAAAAUCAAGCAGCACUGCCGUUUCUGCAAGAAGAAGUACUCCGAUGUCAAGAACCUCAUCAAGCACAUCCGAGACGCACAUGACCCGCAGGACAAGAAGGUCAAGGAAGCCCUGGAUGCACUCUGCCUGUUGACGCGGGAGGGCAAGCGGCAGCUGCUGUACGACUGCCACAUCUGCGAGCGCAAGUUCAAGAACGAGCUGGACCGUGACCGCCACAUGCUGGUCCAUGGCGACAAGUGGCCCUUUGCCUGCGAGCUCUGCGGUCACGGGGCCACCAAGUACCAGGCGCUGGAGCUGCAUGUCAGGAAGCACCCCUUUGUGUACGUCUGUGCCAUAUGCUUUAAGAAGUUCGUCAGCUCCAUCCGGCUGCGCUCCCACAUCAAGGAGGUACACGGGGCUGCCCAGGAGACCCUGGUCUUCACCAGCUCCAUCAACCAGAGCUUCUGCCUCCUGGAGCCCGGCGGGGACAUCCAGCAAGAGGCCUUGGGGGGCCAGCUGCAGCUGGCGGAAGAAGAGCUUGUGUUCCAGGGGGUGAAUGCACCCAGGGAGGAGGUGUGCCCCAGAGCCGCUCAGCCCGAGGAGGCGCAGAGGGAGCCGGAGGCCCGCGCGGAAGGGCUGGCCCUGCCCGCGCUUUCAGCCACCCGCAGGGCCCAAAGUGCCGCCCUGCCACCCUGCGAGCUGGAAGCUGCUGUGGUCUCCUCCGACCUUCAUCCUCAGGAGGGCGUGGCAGAUGAGUUUUUGAUGAAAAAUGAUACCUCGUCUGCUGAGGUUCCUGCUCUUCCUGAGAAGACUGGGGACACCCAGCACAGUGGCACCACCCAGACUCAGGGAGGUGGAGUCCAGCUGCUGCUGUCCAAGGCCGGAGGAACUGAAGCAAACCUGGGGACCCAGGGAGCCAAGGGCCUCUUGGGAGAGGGGCUAAGAGUGGCCGCCCCUGCAUCCGAUGGACCAGAUUCCAGCAGGUGUCUCAGGGCCCACCCAGCCGAGGCCUCCAGCCUUCCUCCAGUGGCUGGUGACAGGGACACAGCCCUGUACCAGCCUGACUCUUGCACACCCAUGUCUGAGCACUGGGCUGGCAUCCCUGCGUUCAUGAAGAUCCUGGAUGGUUUACAGAAGAGGCAGAUGAACACCAGCUUGUGCGAGAGGAUCCGGAAGGUGUAUGGGGACCUGGAGUGUGAAUACUGUGGCAAGCUUUUUUGGUACCAAGUGCAUUUUGACAUGCAUGUCCGCACGCACACCCGGGAACAUCUGUAUUACUGCUCACAGUGUCACUAUUCCUCCAUCACCAAAAACUGCCUUAAGCGCCAUGUGAUCCAGAAACACAGUAACAUCUUGCUGAAGUGCCCCACUGAUGGCUGCGACUACUCGACUCCAGACAAAUACAAACUGCAGGCACAUCUGAAAGUCCACACUGAGCUGGACAAAAGGAGUUAUUCUUGUCCUGUCUGUGAAAAGUCUUUUUCAGAAGAUCGGUUGAUAAAGUCACAUAUCAAGACCAAUCAUCCUGAGGUCUCCAUGAGCACCAUUUCUGAGGUUCUUGGGAGGAGGGUUCAGCUGAAAGGGCUGAUUGGAAAGAGAGCCAUGAAGUGCCCGUAUUGUGAUUUCUACUUCAUGAAGAAUGGCUCAGACCUUCAGCGCCAUAUUUGGGCUCACGAAGGUAUAAAACCAUUCAAAUGUUCUCUGUGUGAGUAUGCAACUCGCAGCAAGAGUAACCUCAAGGCUCACAUGAAUCGUCAUAGCACUGAGAAAACCCACCUAUGUGACAUGUGUGGCAAGAAAUUUAAAUCAAAAGGGACGUUGAAAAGUCAUAAGCUCCUUCACACUGCUGAUGGGAAGCAGUUUAAGUGCACAGUGUGUGACUACACGGCGGCCCAGAAGCCACAGCUGCUGCGGCACAUGGAGCAGCAUGCCUCUUUCAAGCCUUUCCGCUGUGCCCAUUGCCAUUAUUCGUGCAACAUAUCAGGCUCUCUGAAGCGGCACUACAACAGGAAGCACCCCAGCGAGGAGUAUGCCAACGUGGGUACUGGUGAGCUGGCAGCCGAGGCGCUCAUCCAGCAAGGUGGUUUGAAGUGUCCUGUUUGCAGCUUUGUGUAUGGCACCAAAUGGGAGUUCAACAGGCACCUGAAGAACAAGCACGGCCUGAAGUUGGUGGAAAAUGAAGGAGACCCCAAGUGGGAGCCAGCAACAGAAACUCCUGAGGAGCCUUCCACCCAAUAUCUGCACAUCACAGAAGCCGAAGAGGAUGUCCAGGGAACUCAGGCAGCGGUGGCUGCACUCCAGGACCUGAGAUACACCUCUGAGAGUGGUGACCGGCUUGACCCCACAGCUGUGAACAUCCUGCAGCAGAUCAUCGGGCUGGGCGCCGAGAGCCACGAUGCAGCUGCUGUCGCUUCGGUGGUGGCCGUGGCCCCAGGGACUGUGACCGUUGUGAAACAGGUAACCGAUGAGGAGCCCACCUCCAAUCACACGGUCAUGAUCCAGGAGACCCUCCAGCAGGCGUCUGUGGAGCUGGCCGAGCAGCACCACCUGGUGGUGUCCUCUGACGAUGUGGAGGGCAUCGAGACAGUGACUGUCUACACGCAGGGCGGGGAGGCCUCGGAGUUCAUCGUCUACGUGCAGGAGGCCGUGCAGCCCGUGGAGGAGCCGGCCAUGGGGCAGCUGGCCCAGGAGAUCUAGAGGAGAUGCAGCGUCCACCGAAUGCCUUGGGGCAGGGCCAGGCUCCACAGGGUACUCGGGCAAGGGAGGCCAUGGAAUGGAGCUCUCCUCUGCACUUCCUGCCCAGGCGGCCAGAUGGGGCUCUCCUCAUCUACUUGGGGUGGACAAGGCGACUGGUCCAAUCACCAGCAAUAUAGGCCUUACAGCCCCAGCACAGAUACACCCCGUUCCCCCAUAUCAUCUGCUUCAGGAAAGACUUCUGCAUCAGCUCCCCAAACAUGGCAUUGCACCCUUUGCUUCAGGACUCAGAGACCCCCAGUCUCCACCAGCACCUUCCCUGAAUCACAUCCCCAACUAUCGCAAGCCCAUCCAUGUGCCAAGUCUUCAUCUGGGACCGCUGUGCAGCCUGCUGGAAGGGAGACAGCAUCACAGAGAAAGUGACCAUAUGGCUUUUGAAACACCUCCUGGUGGGAAGGGGGACAGGGUCCUGGCUUUGUCUACAAAGUUCUACCUUCCCCAAGUAUCGAGGAUACCAGUUGUCUCACGAAUUAACCAGGUGUGAUGACUUGCCAGUCCCAUCUUAGGUCGGCUCUCAGCCUUCUGUCUUGGAAUUCUUUUGCUUUUUAAAAUGCACUUUUACUAUUCACCUCCCGUUCUAAGGUGAGGGGGAUAGAAUAAAGACAUUGUCUGCCUGA